AUGCUCGAUGCACAGGUAGCGCUGACCCCACAGCUGAGUGCUGCACAAUCGCAGACGUCAAAGAGCUUCCGUUCAAUGGUCUACGGCUACGCUCCCACCCAGAACCAGAACCACCAGCUCUUUUUUUCUGACCGAUGCCGCAACCUCUCUCGAGUGCGCGCACUGCUCCAAGAGUGGCAAAGUAGUGAGCUGCGUAUGCGUAUUCGUCGCAAGUGGUGGUGUAGUGCUCAGCCAGCAACGGCGGUGGGAUUGGGGUUGGGAUUGUUCAAUGUCGAAGCGCCGGGACAAUCGCUUUCUGACAAGGCCGGACUUGCGGGGUUGAAAGAGUUUGGACGGAGGCCUCCAAAGUGCAGUACUCGUACAGCAGUACUGAGAGCUUGAGGGGAGGUUUUGUUGACUUGACACGUGACAGCGAGAACUGGCGGGCGAGGGUUGCGCGCGGGACGCUAUUGUACGCAAGUUCGACGAUAGCGAGGGCUCUGCUGGUGAUAUUGGAGAAGAUCUUAAAAGAACAUGGAAGCUCUGGAAGAAGGCGCUUGGGCAAAGUGACAUGGGCGACCUUGAGGGGACUGCUGGCACUGGCAACUGGGACCGUGUGUGUGGCAUGAGUGGGCUGAGAGGAGAGGGCACCCGAGGGCAAAGGGCAGGAGAGGCUCGCUAA